AGAUUAUACAUAUACAUACAAUACCCACAAAGAAAAAUCAAAACUUUUUUGCUUUGUGUGUGUUUUAGUGUGUGUAAUAAUCUUAGAGAAUAAUGGUAGCAGAGCCUUGGUUAAUGAAAAAGUUUGGAAACCACCAAAGCAACACUUCAAAAUCUUUACACAAAUCACCAAAUGAAGAAAAACCCAAAAACAAGAUAGGAAUUUUAUCAUUUGAAGUUGCAAAUGUGAUGUCAAAAACAGUACAUCUUCACAAAUCUUUAACAAAUUCAGAGAUCUCAACUUUGAAAAACCAAACCCUCAAAUCCACAGGUAUUAUAAACUUGGUUUCAUCAGAUGAAACAUAUCUUCUAGAUUUAGCAUUUUCAGAAAAGCUUGAAUCUUUAACCUUUAUUGCUAAUGUUGUUUCAAGAUUAGGUAACAAAUGUAGUGCACCACAUUUGUUGGGGUUUCAACAUGUUUAUAAUGAUAUUGUUUCUGGGUCCAUAAAUGUUGGGGAUUUGGGGUUUUUGGUUAAGGAUAUGGAUGGAAUGGUGCGUAAAAUGGAACGUUUCGUUAAUCUGACAGCCGGUUUGUAUAAAGAAAUGGAGGUUUUGAAUGAGUUGGAAAGUAGUAUAGGGAAAGUUGUUCAAGAAGAAAGCCGGAAGGUUUUCGAGCAGAAAGUUGCUUGGCAGAAGCAAGAUGUGUUGCAUUUGAAAGGCGUUUCGCUGUGGAAUCAAAGUUUCGAUAAAAUUGUGGAAAUGCUUGCUAGAACUGUAUGUACUCUUUAUGCUCGAAUUAUUUUUGUUUUUGCUGAAACUAUUGCUAGAAGAGAUAUGUUUAAUGGUAACAAGGGUAUGGGUAAUGGUAAUGGGACGGGUUUAUAUUCGUGUACUAGUUUAAGUCAAGUUAAGGGUUUACCUUAUGAUGCCUGUAGUGCGAAAUCUAGUGGUGUUGGGGUUAAGGUGAAGACAAGAAAAGGGGAAAUGAGUUUGUUCAAAUGUGAGGAUUUUAAUUUUGCGUGUGGGAUGGGACCAGGGAGAUUGUUUAUGGAAUGUUUGAACAUUGGAAGUCCAGUUUCAAAAGUGGAUGAUGAUUUUGAGGAUGGUUAUGUUGGAAAAGCUGGUGAUGAUAGAAGCAGUCAGGUUUCCGGUUCUUGUAGUGUUUCAAGUAGUGUAAGGAAAGAUAUGACGAAUCAUAUGGGACGGAGGGUACAAAUGAAUGGAGAACAGAGGUUUGGUAAGAGUAAUGUGAUGAGUAGCUUUAAAACUGGUCCAAAGAGCCGGUUAAUGGUGCAAGCACCGGCAAAUACUGUUGGAGGGUCUGCGUUGGCGUUACAUUAUGCUAACGUUAUAAUUGUCAUUGAGAAGUUGCUUCAAUAUCCGCAUUUAGUUGGUGAAGAAGCUAGAGAUGAUUUGUAUCAAAUGUUACCAACGAGCCUGCGGUUGGGUUUAAAGAUGAGUUUAAAGUCUUAUGCGAAAAAUUUAGCGAUAUAUGAUGCGCCUCUUGCGCAUGAUUGGAAAGAUAGGCUUGAUGAGAUACUUGCUUGGCUUGCACCUUUGGCGCACAAUAUGAUUCGGUGGCAAAAUGAGAGAAAUUUCGAGCAACAACAAAUUGUUUCCAGAACCAAUGUGCUUCUUCUGCAAACAUUGUAUUUUGCUGAUAGAACAAAGACGGAGGCAGCCAUAUGUGAACUACUUGUGGGGUUAAAUUAUAUAUGUCGUUAUGAGCAUCAACAAAACGCCUUGUUGGAUUGUGCUAGCAGUUUUGAUUUUGAUGACUGCAUGGAGUGGCAAACUCAAUACUGAACUUCAUGGAGGACAAAUUGGUUUGUGACAGUGAGAUUUUCUGGUUCUCUACAUUGUUUGAUAGAAGUAGUCCAACGUGAUGUGAAUAUCGAAGUUUUUGGCUUUCUAGAGAUUUAUUGUCAAUUGUAUGGAUGAGUUGUUUUAUGUACUUUGUUGCAAGGUAUCUGUUUUCGCCUUUGAAGUACAUAAUUUAACUUGAUAACAAUCUACCUUCUAUAUAAUC